AUGAGUGAGGCAAACCAAACCACCGUGGGGCCGGGGCCCUCAGAGCUCCCAGCAGCAUCAGCUGUGUCCCCUGGACCGGGCACUGGGGCCCGGGCAUGGCCUGCGCUGGUAGGGGUCAUCCUGGGGGCUGUGGUCCUCUCCCUCCUCAUUGCUCUUGCUGCCAAAUGCCACCUCUGCCGCAAGUACCGGGCCAGCUACCGGCACCGCCCGCUGCCCAGGACGGCCAAGGUGGUCUGCCCGGAGGUGGGUGACGAGGACGACGACGACGGCUUCAUCGAGGACAAUUACAUUCAGCCUGGCACUGGCGGGCUGGGGACUGAGGGUAGCAGGGACAACUUUUCCUUCUGA